UUUUGUUUCGGUAAUACCCAGAUUCCCUCCUACCAAAACGAGAAUCCUAAACCCUAGUAAUCUCUGAGCAUAACUAAAUCAAUCCAGAAGCAAUAAGCAAGACGUAUAUCAAGAAGAAGAAGAAUUUCUUGAAGCGACAGUUGGAACUAAAAGUUCUCAAUUGUUGAUGUGUACUGAGACUUUGAGGAUGUCUGUUGAUCCGAGCGCACCGAUGAAUUAUGUGGAUGAUGAUGCCUCUUCGGGUUCUGGGGAUGAUGUUAACUUGUUAGAUGGACAAAACAAGCAUCAGUCAGUUACACCUUCAGGUUCUGGUCGUCGUAAGAGAGGUCGGAGGGCUACUGGAGAUGCGAUAGUGGAUGCCAUGCUGGAAAUAGCAGCUGCGUCAAAGAUGAGGGCAUCUGCUAUCAUGAAGAGUGAGGACCGAUUUUCUAUAAGCAAAUGCAUAAAAGUAUUGGAUGAGAUACAAGAUACGUCUGUUAGCAUGGAUGAUUUUGACUUAGAACUGGAGGAGAUGGAAUUAGUUGCUGCUGCUGGUUACUAUUAUUAUAAUAGUGUUACUAGGCAACCUUGCAUUAGUUCAUCUCCCAGUGGAAGUUGUUUCAUGGCUGAAGUGCUGGAGGGUCAUGAUAGUGUGUGUCGUGAGAUGUUUCGGAUGGAUAAGCAUGUUUUUCACAGAUUAUGCAACACUCUUCGACAGAGAGGCAUGUUGCGUGACACAUCAGGUGUUAUGAUAGAGGAGCAGCUCGCUAUUUUCUUGAACGUCAUUGGUCACAAUGAGCGAAAUCGAGUAAUUCAAGAACGGUUUCAGCAUUCUGGGGAAACCAUAAGCCGGCAUUUCAAUAAUGUGUUGAAAGCAGUGAAGUCACUCUCGCGUGAAUUUCUGGAACCACCGCCUCUCACCACUCCAGCUGAAAUUCUCAAUAGUAAUAGAUUCUUCCCGUAUUUCAAGGAUUGUAUUGGGGUCAUAGAUGGCAUGCACAUCCCUGCACAUGUCCCAGCUAAGGAUCAAUCACGGUUUCGUAAUCAGAGUGGCUUUUUGUCACAAAAUGUCCUGGCAGCUUGCACAUUUGACAUGCAGUUCAUAUUUAUUUAUCCCGGCUGGGAAGGUUCAGUUGCAGAUUCACGAGUAUUAAGGGCUGUCCUUGAUGAUCCAGAUCAGAAUUUCCCCCAUGUUCCAGAAGGUAAAUAUUAUCUGGUUGAUAUGGGUUACUCAAACAUGGAAGGAUUUAUUGCUCCAUAUCCAGGAGUUCAAUGUCACCUCCAAGAAUACAAGGGUGCUAAUCAGUUACCUAGAAAUGCAGAGGAGCUAUUUAAUCACCGGCAUUCAUCUCUUAGGAAUGUCAUCCAGAAGUCUUUCAAUGUUCUUAAAACUCGAUUUCCUAUUCUGAAACUCGCCCCGCAGUAUGCAUUUCAUGUUCAGAGAGACAUAGUCAUAGCUGCGUGCGUGCUGCAUAACUACAUCCGACGCGAGGAGAAAAAUGAUUGGCUGUUCGCUGGUGUUGAAGGGGUGACGGUGGAAGAAUUGCCUGAUAUUGAUGAUCAACAGGAUGUGCAUUUGGCUUCCACAGUACAGGAUGAAGUUGCUUCCUCAUUGCGAGAAUCGAUUGCCGAAUCAAUGUGGGAUAAUUUUGUGAAUAACUGGAAUGAGUGGUGACAGCUGCUUGAGGCUAGAGCUGUAAUCCUGCAAGUCAGUAUAUAUGCUUUGAUCAGAGCAGCAAAGGUAACUGUUAGUUUGAAAUGCUGGAUGUCUUUGUAAUUUUAUCUGUGCCCUUUUGUAUAGACCUGACAAAAAAUCAUUGAGCGAACUUGACUUCAGUAUAUAAUGUAGUAUUCUUAGUUUUUUGCUAAUUUCAUUGGCGAUGGGGACGUUGAGUAA